AUGUCGCCCAUCGACACAUCACCGACGCUUUCCUACCGACAACAUCUGCACCGUAGAACCAGCAGCUUCUCCUCCAACCACGACCGGAGCCCGAUCACGCCCAAGUCACGGCACCGCUUCAGCAACGCUUCGCAGCUGUCGGGCGAGUUCAGUCCGCAUGGCGACGAUGGUGGCGGCGGCAAUGGAGGCGGUGGUCUCGGGAACUUGGCAGACGAGCUGGACCAGUUGGAUGCAGAGGAUGAGUUUGAGGAAGGUGUGACCGAAGACAUACAAGAAGGCGAUGCUGAGGAGCAGAGUCGCGACAGCGGCAUAGAUGUCAGCUAUGCUCAUGCACAAUCGGAAAAUGGUCGCUCUAGGGAGGGCGCGAAGCAUGUCCGGAACUUUUCAAAACCGUUCAUAGACGGAACGUCACCUAUAGGCGACGACAACGACGACACGGAAAGCGGAGACAGGUUCUCGUCGGACAUGGAAGAUCUCAUGAACAGCAUUGCGCGUAUGACCAGCUAUACCUCCACUACCGAGGAUCCACUCAUUCCCAGAACGAUCGCACAGCUACAGGAUCUGGGCAAUCAAACCAGCCUCGAAGCAUCUGCACAGAGGCUCACCACAUCCUCCAACAGCCUGAGCUCGCAUUUGAGCACUCAGGCGAAGACUCUGCAGACCCUCGGUCAGAGCUUGAUCCCUUUGUUCUCGUCAACAUUAGACCCCGUCUUGCUCGAGGAAACCAUACCCCUGGUCGAGAACCUAGUCAAGAUCAUACCGCAACCCAAUAUGUUGCCUGUACAGAAAUUGCAGAAACUGGACCGUGAAACAGCCGAAGUCGUUCACACUCUGACCCAGUUGACAGACACGCUGCAGAUGGGCAAGCAAAUUACCAAUACCGCUACAAGGCAUUUACGGAUCACUCAGGAGAUGGUUGUUGACCUGCGGCGAGAGCGAGAAAAGACCGAACUCGCACGCCACGAGCUUCAUAAGACUGACUGGGACGAGAAGCUCAAAAGCAGGUGGUGUAGCGGACAAUGUCGCGAUAUCAUUUCUGGCUUCGAGGAUCGUUGUAAUGCUUUAAGGGGAGAGCUUGAAGAUGCAAGCGCAUAA